AUCAUUUUUAAAAAUAAACAUGAUUCUAGAUGUUUAUGGUUUGAUUCAAAAAGAAAGCUUUCAAAAAGCAAGAACUUUUGCACUUGUAGGUAUAUCAUAUUUAAAUAAUCUUCCAAGGAUUUGUACGAUGCACAUCCGGAUGCAUUUGAAAAGCCCAAAGUACAUGAAAUGUUCGAAUUCGAGUGGGCAGAGUUCAUGAAAGAAAAGAAAAAGGUAUACUGCAGUCUAUGGUUACUUGGCUUAGGAACUUGCGGGCACAUAUUGGAACUAUGCAAAAGAUGUUUUAGUUUUCAUAGAUGGAGUUGCACAUGGUUCAGAUGUAGAAUUAUAUAAUUGGGCAGAGAAAGAAUUUGGGUAUCUUGAUUACCGCCCGAUGGCUUUAUAUAGUACAUUGGCAGCAGAUGCAUAUCAAAACACACUAUUUGACCUCAAUAGAAUAUUUGUGUCUAUGUUGAUAUCUAUUGAUGGAGAAAGGUGUGGUACUCUUCUUUUCGAAUUAUAUUCAGAUCUUCUGCCAAAGACUUGUGAGAACUUCAGAGCAUUGUGUACUGGUGAAUAUGGAAUGGCUAGAAAGAAUGAGGUAGAGAAAUAUAAAAUGCAUUACAAAGGAACGAAAUUUUUCAGACUUGUAAAAAAUGGAUGGAUUCAAGGGGGAGACACGUUAUACAACAGAGGAAAUGAUGGGCAUUCAAUAUAUGGUCCAGUGUUUGAAGAUGAAAACUAUAUCAUUAAGCACGAUCGACGUGGUAUUCUCAGUAUGGCGAACUCUGGACGUCACACAAACAGUUCACAGUUUUUUAUAACACUGGCACCGGCAAAAUGGAUGGACAAUCUUUACGUGGCAUUCGGAAGGGUGAUUGAAGGCAGUUCAACAUUGGACAAAAUGGAAGAAACACCAACACAAUACGAACGUCCAGUGAAAGAUAUACGCAUUGAAGAGAUCAGUAUCGUGGAUCCUAGAGACUUAAAAACGAAAAUUGUUUGA